UUUGACGACCUUCCUGCGUGAGCGUAGCGAUACUAAGAGGAGUGACCUCGAAUCAGCUUCCACUGCUCGAGGCUCCGUCAGCUCGUGGGUCUCGUGAGCAGAGCACACCUCCCCAUCCUCUGCACCCAGCAAAUGGUUUCCUACAAACCAGAACUACUGGCUCAUCUGGAUCCUUAGGUUGUUAAAGGUCUGUUGAACACUGCUGGACCAGUGGGAGGGGGAUAGAUAAUGGCCACUGCACACUGCAAUUUGCGUUCACCAUCCUCCUCUCCUCACGCUGAUGUCAACCUGGGACCUUCAGCAAACCCUCAUGCCAGGCCCACUGACUUUGACUUCUUGGCCGUCAUUGGCAAAGGGACCUUUGGAAAGGUCCUGCUCGCCAAGCUCAAAGCAGACAACAAAUUCUACGCCGUCAAAGUGCUGCAGAAGAAAGUCAUCCUCAAGAAAAAAGAGCAAAAGAACAUUAUGGCCGAGAGAAACGUGCUGCUGAAGAGUCUGAAACAUCCCUUUCUGGUUCGGCUCCACUACUCCUUCCAGACUCCAGAGAAGCUCUACUUUGUCCUCGACUAUGUGAAUGGGGGAGAACUGUUCUUCCACCUGCAAAGAGAGAGGUGUUUUUCUGAGCCGAGGGCAAGGUUCUACGCAGCCGAGGUAGCGAGCGCCAUCGGCUAUCUGCACUCUCUCAACAUUGUUUACAGAGAUCUGAAGCCAGAGAAUAUUCUCUUAGACUCUCAGGGCCACGUGGUGUUGACAGAUUUUGGGCUUUGCAAAGAAGGUAUAGAGCCAGAGGGCACCACCUCAACUUUCUGUGGGACUCCAGAAUAUUUGGCUCCAGAGGUUCUUCGUAAGGAGGCAUACGACAGGACAGUGGACUGGUGGUGUCUGGGAGCAGUGAUAUAUGAGAUGAUCUACAGCCUGCCUCCUUUCUACAGCCGUGACGUAGAUGAGAUGUAUGAUGGGAUCCUGCACAAGCCGCUGCCCCUUCCCCCGGGGAAGUCCGACGCUGUCUGCUCUCUGCUGGUGGGUCUUCUGCAGAAAGACCAGCACAGACGCCUCGGGGCCAUCGCCGACUUUUUAGAAAUAAAGAACCACACCUUCUUCUCUCCAAUCAACUGGGACGACCUCGACCACAAGAGAAUCACUCCUCCUUACAACCCCAACGUGAGAGGCCCAGCUGACACGCAACAUAUUGAUCCGGAAUUCACCAGAGAAAUGGUUCCUAACUCGGUGAGCCGCAGCCCGGAGAUGAACGGUAGCAGCAGCUCAAACAACGCCUUCAAUGGGUUCUCCUUCGUCGGCACUGAGGACAGCUUCCUGUGAGGCGGGAGCUCACUGCUCGAUUCUUUGAACACUUUAGUUGGUUCGGUGGAGUGAGUGAAACCCUUUUGAGUCUCAUGAAAGUAAGAGCUCCUCGUGUACUCAGGAAAUCCCACGAGGCAUCUGGUAUGUUUGACCACUGCAUGGAUUCCCAAACGGAUCCUCUCGAGGGUCCGAGCCUGCAAUGGAGAAAGUUAAGAUAUGCAUAACUUUUUUGGCCUGGAAGUCCCUGGUCUGUUCUUAGAUAGCGAUGGUGGUCAUGAAUGUGUUACCAAAUACGCAACUCUGGUGAGGAGUAGCAGCACCUUUUAUGAGAAGCAAAAUAUCUUCUAUUCCAUUCAUUUACCAUGGAAUUUGUUGGAGCUUGUUUUACUAUUGUUUCAUAAUAGUUAUUGUUGUAUUGAAAGAAGUUGUCUUCCUGUGUUCAUUCAGAUUUAGAACUCAAUUUUCCUGUCUAACUGACAGAUGUUGGCUUAAAAUGAGGCCCCAUCGCUGCACAUUUCUCAAAGGAUUUGCAGUGUAAUGAGUUUUGUUGUUUAAACUAUACCAAAAAGAGCUGAUUGUUUAUCAAACCAAACACAAGUAGCAUGUUUCUGACAACUUACGGUCACUGGAUUCCAUUAAAUCAUUGUGUUUAGAUAAACAUAACAAUCUGCAGAUAGUCUAGAUGAUAAAGAAGAAGAACUUGAGAGCAAACCACAGAGGUUCUCUAUCAUUUGGAGGCUCUGUGUGUCUCCGCCAACUAAAGCAAACAAAAUUAGAACUGCGCCUGGCGAAGGUUUGUUGUUGUCAUUGUUGUCUGUCUCACUGGUCCCAUUUUUAUAGAAAACAGAUUUUGGCAUAUAGGAUGGCAUAUAGCCAUCCUGUAGACCUUACAAAAAGGCUUUCUUUACUGCUUUAACAAACCAGUGUUUUGCAUUUAAUCAACUAUCAGCAAACUAUUAUCUUUGUAAGCUUUUGCAACAUCGAUGAAAUAUGCUAAACUGAGAUGACUGGCUGCCUCUUCUGACUUUGACACUUGGUCUGAUUUCACAGGGAAACAGCUGUAUUUCCUGCACAAAUAGCACUGUAUUUGUCAGUAUGCAGUACGAAACGUUCACUUUUCUCUGAAGAUGUUUUUGAUCCUUUUGUGCAGAGAGAGUUAAACCUGUGACGGACUGAUGAUGAAAUGACAUCCCACAUGUUUGGCUCUUUGUCAAAGACCAAAAAAACCACACCACAGUGGUCUUAUUUUUUCAUGGCAAUUAAGAGUUUUUAGCACCUUUUUUACAUUAAUCAACUACUUGUGUUUUUUCUGCACGCUGUGGUUUUCUAUGUUCAAACUGGGAAUUGAUCUUCAGACGGUUAUACUUAUUCGUUUUGAGCUGUGAUACUUGCUAAAACAGUUAAUAAUGCAUAGGAAAAACGGCAAGAAACAUCUGUAACUGUACAGUUGCAGCUUUGCAGUAAGGGUGAUGCAUCUGAUAUCAUUGGAUUUUAUUUGUAUUAUGUAAUUUAUAUAAAUACUUAAGGCCUUGUGUGUACACCCAAUAUGAAAUAAGUUCUUCUCUUACAAGUAACUUGUUCCCAAUUACCUUCUUAAAAAAACAUCUGUCAAUUUUUUGCUGAGAAGAAAAUACAUCUUUAAUUUGCUCUUAAAGGUCUAAAGUUCAACAUGUGCUUUCUAAAACUGCAACCCGUAUUCCAAACUGUUGAUCCAUCACUGAACCUGUAAAUAGAGAAACGGACAUUGAAGGUGCUGUGUCACGGCACAUAUGUGUGUUUGUGUACAUUAAAAACAUGUAUGUGUUAUUUUGGAUAAGCCAUUAAACAUGUGUGCAUAACAGAAACAAUGUUCAGUGACCAGUAAAUGGUGCAUGAUAUUAAUAAUCACCUCACUUUAGAGAUAAUGGCUUGACUAAACCUUGCUGAGAUUACAAGUAGACUAUGGGUUUGCGUAGUAAACUCAGAUUAUGUGUAUUUGCCAAUAUUGCUUCAUAUAAGAUAAAGUAAAUGAUGAUGUGUUAUUGCAAGUGAUAGAAAGUAAGUAAGGAUUUAUGGAGGUAUUUUAGGUAGUUUAGAUUUCUAGAACAUUGCUAUACCUGAAAAGACAGGUUAAAUUAGUGUUAUUGUGAUAACAAAUAAGGUUUUAGGACUAAAAGGUUUCUGCAGUUUAAAAGGGCAAACACUUUAUAUAGUUCAACCAAAAACAGCUCACACAUGAAUGCAUCAUGGAUAACAUUAUUAAAGAGGUCUUUUAAUGAAUUGACUAAUUUAGCUAAUAAUAAAAAAUUUACUUUUUUUAUUUAUUUAAAAUUUUUUAGAUGGAAACCAUCUGGGGGACAAAAACUAAAUAAAUACACACUCAGCAAGUACGAACAUUAUAAAGUCAAUCUACAAUAGAGCAGCAGCUAAAAGCUGAUACACAGUUGUGUAAGUCUACUGUUGCGCAUUUUUACUGCAUUGUGUUUUGCACGAGGACUGCACGGCGGUGUCGUUAUUCCCAUGGUCGUGUCACCUUCUGGAGUUUGCACUUGCAUUUGAGUUUACGCAGUACAAAGACAUGCUGCAUGGGUAAAUAAACAAUAUUAAAUUGUGCUCAAGUAUGAAUGUCAUCAGCACAAUGCCUUCAGUUCAGAUUUGUAGUGUCAUACCAGGGCCCUCAUCGGAUUAAUUUCUACCCACUAUCUAUUUUAUGGCAUAACAUUGUCACUUAAAAUAUUUUUUCUGUAUGAUAAGGUAAACAAAAGCAUACAAUUGAAUGUUAUCCAAAACAACAAGGUUUCUGACUUUACCCUGUUUUGUACAAAGUACAAAAAAAAUAAUUUUAUUAUUGUAUAUAAUUUGUAGCCAACAGGGUCAUUGUGAUUGUUUCCUACAGUUAUUCUCUAAUAUGUUUUAUGGGUUUAAAUAUUUGUGACAGAAUGUAGAUUUUUGUUGUAACAAUAUACAUAUAUGUAGAGCAACAUAAAAAAGUGGAUUCGAAGAUUAAAUAAACAAAAUAUUAGAGGAUUAUCAUGAACCAAAGACAUCAUCACAGCAAGGUAAUGAUCCGAAAUGAAGCAAAAGUAAAUAAGACAAACACACUGGUAAAAGAGAUACAAGUGAAUCGUUUGUGAAGAAAAAUGUAUAAUUUUGGCAGAAUAUUUGAAAAU